CAUUGUUUGUUCUCUCCAGUGCAUCGUUUUCAUCCAGGACGAUAUCAUAUCUUAUUUCGAAGUCUUUUGGUGGUGGUGGUGGUAGUGGUGGUUCAGUGAUACAAAACACCAACAACAAAAAUACCAACAAGAUCCAAUGCACAGAUAACGCACGGAUACACCUCGCAUUGACUGUUUGCUGACCCAACACCUGGUCUGUGCCGGUCAAGAUGCGUCUACACGAGAUGCCUCCCUCCCUUACCAUCCUUCUUGCGGCUCUCCUCGCGCGAAACGUUGCCGCAUCCAUCCUCCCCGAUCUUCUACGCAGCUUCGACGACCUCCAAGAUGUUCGCAAAAGAUGCUCGAAUCCUUGUGGCUACUACGACCAACUGUGCUGCGAUUCAGAUGAAGUCUGCUACACAGAUUCCAACAACCAAGCACAAUGCGGAGCUUCUACCACGACGACAGUCGGUGCAGCUGCCACAGGGGCAUGGCAGUACUAUACAACCACCUACGUUCAAACCGACCUGAAGACCGUCACCGAGACGUUCAGCUCAUACGUGGCUACCACCACUGCUGGCAGCACAUCGAGUUGUUCUUACUCGCUUGGCGAGACUUCAUGUGGUAAUACGUGUUGUUCAUCAGGCCAAUACUGCGAAUCCUCGGGAAGCUGUGUUGAUGUAGGUGGAGACAGUUCUGCAAAUUCGUAUUAUACCAGUCUCUACACAGUCACCACCGUUAUCACCAACACGGCCACUGCUACCAACACGGCUAGCGCAGCACUUCGGCCUACGAGCGAUUCUCUCGUUACAAUCACUUCUACUGGAACUGUGACGGCAUCCGGAAGCGGGACCACGACCGCCGCAACCGGGACUACGACCACGACGCAAGGAUUCGUCACACCUGUCAGCUCGAGCGGGAGCAUAAUAUAUGGUUCGUCAACCAGUUCUGGCGGCGGGUUGAGUGGCGGUGCCAUCGCCGGCAUUGUCAUUGGUGUUAUUAUUGGUAUCAUCAUCCUGCUGCUGUUAUGCGCUUGUUGGUGCGCCAAGGGGUUGAUUGAUGGCUUGCUGAGCAUAUUCGGUUUGGGCUCUCGAAAGCGACGAACUAGAGAAGAAGAGGUCAUCUACGAAAGACAUUCACACAGGGACCGACAAGGAGGAAGAACUUGGUUUGGUCAGCAAAGACCCUCGCGAACCGAAGUUGUGGAAGAAAAGAGGACCAGUGGCAUCGGUGGUAUUCCCACUGCCGGCUGGCUUGCGGCUGGAGUAGGCUCGCUAGCCCUCUGGCUCGGAUUGAAGAGACGGAAUCGCAGGGACGACAAGAGCGAUGUGAGCUACGACAGCGCUUAUUACACGGAUUACAUGUAUUCCAGCGCAGAGAGUUCCUCAGACCGACGCACAAGACGAACAGGUAGAUCUGCCUCCAGAUCCAGGUCUAGGCGGUAGCCACGGCCACACUUC